AUGCAUGUAGAAGCGAAGAAUCGAAAGCGUCGCAAAGCACCCAAAGUUCGGACUGGCUGUCUAGCAUGUAAGCAAGCGCGCAUCAAGUGCGACGAGGCCAAGCCGGAUUGUCUACGAUGCAAGAACUCAGGGAGAGAUUGCAAAUAUGACCCGGUGAGAAUCUGGACAUUCGAGCCUUCAGCAGUAUCGGCAUCCAAAGUGAUCAUUCCAUCCGCGAAACCCUCGCCCGUCCGACCUCUUCAGUGGUUUCCGCCUGAAGAGCGUCAGGCUUUGCAGCAUUACGAGCGGCGCACUGGACCAUGGAUUGCCAACUACGCGCCACCGGAAAUGCGGAAGCUGUGGGAAGUCACUAUACCACGCUGCGCUCAAGCUCUCCCUGCAACGCGGCACGUUAUGGUUGCUGUUGCGCUUCUUGACGAGCCGACGCCUCAUCCCGACACGUCCAAGCUCUUAGCCAGAUCGCAACGAGUGCUCUAUCACUACAAUCGCGCCAUACGGCACCUUACCGGCUCAGUAGCCCCGUCGAAGCUCGACAUGACCUUGACGUCUGUGCUCUCAUGGCUGCUAGAAGUUCUCGGCUUCAACUCAGGCACGGCCAAGAUGCACAUCGCCGCCGCUGACAAGCUCGCCCAUGAGUACCGUGACCCCCGUCUCUGCCGCUUGGCCAGUUCCAAGACGGAGACAGAUGACAUUAUGCAGAUCGACAUCCCUGCUCUCAUCGAUUUCUGCCAGAGCUAUCUCACGACAACGCCUGCAGCCGGCAACCGGAGCACACCAGACGAGCUCAACACAGAGACUUCAGCCAAUCCAGUUCUGGCAGCGUUGCUGCUGAGGCAAGGACUGUGCCCGAUUUCGAAAGCGGAAGAAUUCAAGGAGGCCUGGGAGACGUAUUUCACCACCUUGCAACCUUUGAUGCCUGGAGGAAUGACUGUGGCAGAGGCUGAUGACUUUAUUGCGUACUGGAAGGUUGCAGUACUGCGAUUUCGGUACAUCGCCACGGUCCCGUCCAUAAUCGUGCUAUUGGGCUAUUUGAUUGGCGCGCUGGCGCGGUGUUUACUCCCUUCAAGAAACAGCAACGAGCCUUAUUCGAUAAAUUGCGGUGCUGUCGACUUCAUUCUAGCAAGAGCCACCGACAUGACAGUCAUGCAGAUGGAGCCAGAUCAUAGUCGGAUGCUGGAAGAGAUGCUGUGCUUGACGGCCACCACGGUUAUGAGGUUUGUCCCCAACCAUGAGCAGUGGCUGAAAGCCCGCGCGGUCUGGGAUGCAUGCGAGCGGCAGAUUGACUUCUACGCGUUGAGCAAAAGGGAUGGCUAUCUCGAUGACCUUGAAAAUAGCAACAACGAUGCUUCGGUAGCCUAA